UAUAAGCGACGCACGCAUACACACACAUACAAAUACACACACACACACGCACACAAGGGAUUGUGUUGCUUCCCCCCUCCGCCCCCCCGGAGAAAAAAAAAAGGGAGAGUAAAAGGAGAGGGCAAAAGAGAAGAACUCAUCUGACCGAGAGAGGAUUUUCAUUUCGCAGCUGCUGCAUUCGGACCGAGCUCUCUCCUCUCCUCCGUCUUGCCCCCCCUUCUCCCUCUCUCUCUGUGUAUAUGUAUGUGUAUGUCUGUGUGUGUGUGUGCGUGCGCGCGCGCGCGCGUGUGUAUGUAUGCACACACCGAGGGCAUUGCGAGACUUUUAGACACCAGAUCUGAAAAACACCGCCUCCGCCGCAGCGACAGGAAGAAGGGGGGAAAAUCACCACCAUCAUCACCAUCAUCACCAUCACCAUCAUCACCAACAAAUAAGCGAUCCAGAGGGAGAGGAGGAAGAGGAGAGGCAGAGUGAGGACAGAGGGUCGCUCCUUGAUGUGAUCCUUUUUUUUCCGCCUUUCUUAAAGACAACUUUGGCUGCGUGACGCGUCAAGGGAGCUGCAAGGGCUAAGAGGACAGGGUGCCCAGCGCCUCCCUAUAAAGCGGAGCCCAGCGAGUCACGACUCGGCAGCAGCACUGGCUGCCUCGAGGAGAAACUGUGUUUUCUUUUGCUGGGAGGGCGCUCAGGUGUGUGUCCUGGGGACCCGCUACAGCACGGAGACGGUGCUGGAACAUUUUAUGCCUUCCUUCUUUUCCAAGUUGAAUUAAGCCCUCUCACCUCACCUUGACGACUUCGGACUAAAAUAUUUUUUCUUUUUCUUUAUUUUUUAAUUUAAAAUUUUUUGUUUUUAAGCGAGGACUGCGGGGGUGGUAAAUCCUAAGAGAAAUGAAGAGAAAGCUGAAGAUUUUGAUUUGCUCUGAGGGACCCAGUUGGAUGUGACCCCCGUUGCUUGCUCUCUUCUUCUCUCCUUACCUCCCCCUCCAGUCCCGGGGCUGCUCCGGCCGCUGCUUCCCCUCCCCGAAGCCCCAGCCCGGUUCUCUUCUUUUCGCUUCCCUUCCCCCCUUUCCCCCGUGAUCUGUUGCCUUCCCUCCAUCUCACCCCCUCCCCCUUCCCCUCCCCGCCCCGGGUUCCUCCCGUGCGCGCUUUCCUUCGCUUCGCUUCUCCCCACGUCCUCCUCCCCUUCCUCCCCAAGCAAAGAACUGCCGCCGAGGCUACAUACUCCCUACCUCCCACCCCAACCAGCCUUCCCCUUCCCCCACCCCCCCCGACCCCAGACCUCCACUCCGGGCGCUUAGCAGUCAGCGCGGGGAGGAGGACCAGAGCUUUGGGGGGCGGGGGAGGGAGCGCGUUGUAUCCCCGGCUCCCUUUCUGCGCCCUCCUUGCGCACCAUGGACGGGCUGCCCGGGAGGGCGCUGGGAGCCGCCUGCCUUCUGCUCCUGGUAGCUGGCUGGCUGGGUCCAGAGGCCUGGGGCUCGCCGACACCUCUGCCUUCCCCAGCCGCCCCUCCGGGAACCGAGGGCGCCCCCCCAGAUACUUGCACGUCGUGUGGCUUCAGGCGCCCAGAGGAGCCGGGCAAAGUGGACGGCGACUUCUUGGAGGCGGUGAAGCGGCACAUUCUCAGCCGGCUGCAGAUGCGGGGCCGCCCCAACAUCACCCACGCGGUGCCCAAGGCCGCCAUGGUGACCGCCCUGCGCAAGCUGCAUGCGGGAAAGGUGCGGGAAGACGGCCGAAUGGAGAUCCCGCACCUCGACGGGCAUGCCAGCUCGGGCUCAGACGGCCAGGAACAGGUGUCAGAGAUCAUCAGCUUCGCUGAGACAGAUGACCUUGCCUCCUCCAGGGUCCGCCUGUAUUUCUUUAUCUCCAAUGAGGGCAACCAGAAUCUGUUUGUGGUGCAGGCCAGCCUGUGGUUAUACUUGAAAUUGCUCCCUUAUGUCCUUGAGAAAGGCACCCGACGGAAAGUCCGGAUCAAAGUGUACUUCCAGGAUCUGGACCGAAGUGACAAGUGGAAUGUGGUGGAGAAAAAGGUAGACCUCAAGAGAAGUGGCUGGCACACUUUCCCCCUGACUGAGGCAAUUCAGUCCCUGUUUGAGAAAGGGGAGAGGAGGCUGAACCUGGAACUCCAGUGUGAGGGCUGUGAAGAGCUUGCAGUGGUCCCUGUCUUUGUGGACCCUGGGGAAGAAUCACACCGACCCUUCUUGGUAGUACAGGCCAGACUAGCCGACAACAAGCACCGAAUCCGAAAAAGGGGGCUGGAGUGUGACGGCAGGACCAAUCUCUGUUGCAGGCAACAGUUUUUUAUUGACUUCCGACUCAUUGGGUGGAAUGACUGGAUCAUUGCGCCCACGGGUUACUAUGGGAAUUACUGUGAAGGGAGCUGCCCGGCCUACUUGGCCGGAGUCCCAGGGUCAGCUUCCUCUUUUCACACCGCUGUGGUGAAUCAGUACCGAAUGCGAGGGCUGAACCCAGGGACCGUGAACUCCUGUUGCAUUCCAACAAAACUCAGCACAAUGUCAAUGCUGUACUUUGACGAUGAAUACAACAUUGUGAAGAGGGACGUUCCCAAUAUGAUUGUGGAAGAAUGUGGCUGUGCUUGAUUUAAGGGGUGGGGAAGCUGGGGUGGGGGGAGAACAUUCCCAGACUAGAUCCUUCCAGACAUCGGUGUUGACAAAAGUCACUGUGGAGAGUUGGAUGUGGCCAUUUCACUGGGGUGCAAAGAUGGUGCCGGCUUGCGAAUCUUGGACAUUUAAAUUUUGCCACUGCUUGAAAAAAAAGAGAACCCAUGAAUGAAAUGAAAUACCUUAGAAUGCACAUGUACACACACACACAGACACACAGACACACGGACACACACACACACACACACACACACACACACACACACACACAGAGCCACCCACUGAGCAGCUUCCAGAAUACUAGCAAAUGGAUACAGUGACAAAUGGCAGCCUAUCUCAAAACGCCUGUCAGUCCGAGCGAAUGGGUAAGCAGCCGCUAUUCCCACCAGCUGUCCAAGCUGAACUGAAAUGAGUUCUCCAUGCUCACAUAAAAGCACAAAGAGAGAGCGCUUGAGGACGAUGGGGAGCCAGGGAAUGAGGCGGGGGUUUGGGGGGUGCAGUAUGAGCUAUGUUUUCUUAUGUGUUGCUGUAAGAGUGACUGUCACCUUUUAAGGCUCUACCUGCUACUGAAGGUGAUGGCUUCUUCUCACGUUUCAGGCUCAGUGAUGUUGAGAAUCACAGAUAUACGUCUCUUCCUGCAGCCCUUCCAGAAAAAAGGAGAGGGAGGCUCUGAGAGAAAACAGUCAGGCAGAGACAGUCAUGCAGAGGCAAAAACAGUGUGACUUGCGCUGUUCCCUGACUUGUCAUCCAGAUGAGAUUGAGGGGUGGGGGUGGAGAGGGAUUUGGGGGGUGGUGGUGGGGAGACACAUUAUUUGAUGCUUUAACUGAUCACAGAAGGAGUUCAUAGAUCAAUAUGCCAGUUGUGUAAAACUGAAAAGGGCCUUUUCCUCCCUGGUCUGACCUUCAGUUAAAAAUCUGAACUGUCCUAAGUGGGGGGAAAAAUUCCAAGUUGCAGUCUGUAUUCUUGUAUGGGGCCUUUCUCCAGGACCAGUCGGGGCUGGGCUAACAAGCCCUCUGUGGCCCACGAACCCAGCAGUGGUCCCCCAAAGCAGAAGUGACAUGAUGGAUGGAUGCAUGCAUGAUCAGAGCACCCAGCGUUUCACCUAGUGUCCGCAGAGCAGCCGAGUUUUCACUGGUCUUGGGAAGGAGGAGGAUGAAUGCUUUCGGUUUCCUCACCGGGAGAUGUCUACCACGGCCAAGAAGUUCAGAAAACACCAAUCCAGCAUAGCACUUGCAAAACAGCUUGAAGGCCCACUCUGCAGCAGUUGCUGAUCUCCAUCCAUGUCUUCAGAAGUGGCACUUGACAGUGCAUUCACUGUGGCUCUCUAUCUAGUUAAACAGGUGCCACACGAGCUAUGCAAUUUAAAGUGUUGACCCAUAUUAGGUGAAACUGGACUUCAAAUAAUGACUUUUUAUAUUUUUUAUACUUGAAAUGAAAUCUUUUGCUUCUUUUUUAAGCGAAUGAUUGCUUUUAAUGUUUGCACUGAUUUAGUUGCAUGAUUAGUCAAAAACUGCCAUUUGAAAAAAAAGUUAUUUUUAUAGCAGCAAAAACGAAUACAGUUAAAUGUAUUAUACAUAAUUUUGGAACCAAAGAGGCCAACGUAUUAGUUGUGAUUUUUUAUUAGAUGGCUAGGCCAUCACAUAGGAUGUAGACAUUUCGAGCAAUCCCUUGGGUGGCCUGCCAAUUAUUUCAGGGUACAAAUGGAUUUUGUUUAUUCAGUUCAAUGUUUUUUUUCUAUACCAUACGCACACAGAAUGUAGAAAGAAAAUGUCAGCUGUAGAAUGGAGAAGUGCAUCUUUACAUCCCCAUUAUGUUUAUUUAAUAAAGUUCCUUUUAGGUUCUGUUUCAUAAUAAUUUAAAACCAAACAAUUUUCACAUAGAUUUGCUGUUAAAGUAUUUUACAUUUGUGUACAGUUUAAGUAAAUAAAAAAAAGCAAGA